AAGCAACACAGAAGAAUUGGGCAGAGACCCAAGAGUGCAGUCUCCUCGAGGAAGAGGUCCCAGAGACAUAUCUAGAGAGCUGUCCCGAGACAUGUCAAGAAACCCUAGGGAAAUGUCUCGGGAUCUUAGGGAUUUGACUCUGGACCGUGAUCCACCCAGAGAGACUGAUGAUAUGCACAGAAAUUCACGUGACAUAUUCCGGGGGCGAGACAUUAUACAGAGCCCAAGAUCAAGUACAGAAUAUCCUUCUAGUCCAUGGGUAAGGGAUCAGUUGCCGGUGUCUGAGAUGCGAGAUCCUUGGGACCGUCAGGGAGAAGUGGAUGCAUCCAAAGACUCACGAGAUAUGCACAGCAGUUUUUCAGAUGCAAGAGAAAGUUCAGAUUUGGAUCAUGAUCAACGACAGAGAAAGGGGGAUGUUGAUUUGCGAGUGCUACCAGGGGUUGAAAAUAAUAGAACUGAAGGUUCAAAUGUUAAAGGUUUGCGGUAUGACACAGACAUGAGGAUAUCAAGUGAACCAUCAAUAUAUGAUGUAGAUUUGAGACAGCUGAAUUUACCAAAUACCUACAAAAGCAAUGAAGACGAAUUAAAUUCCUUGCCAUUUAAAGUACCAGUGCAUACUCCAGCAAAAGAAAUUGUUGCUUCAAUAUCCUUUCAUUCACCUAUGUAUUAUCAGCUUGUAAAGGUUAUCAUUCCAAAACCAAAUUAUGCCAACCUUAAAAUUAAUAAGGAUGAUCCAAGGAUUAUGGAAGACCCUAGGCUUCGAAGAAUGCUACGCAGAAAUUCAACUGAGGAGGUUGCUAAUCGGAGCCCACGAGCACCUUCAAGGUAUGAUGUGGAAAGUCCAAUGAGCCCCCCAGGAUUUGGUGCUUCUAAAGGGGACUUAAGAUUUUCUGACUCAGAUUCUAGAGAUUCUAGAGAUUCCAGAGAUCCAAGAAUGUCAUCUUCAAGAGAUCCAAGAAGUGAAAGUCGGACAGAUUCUCGAGGUGAAACUCGCAUUGAACCCAGAGUUGAUCCUCGAAUGAAUACUAGAGCUGAUCCUCGUGUUGGAAACAGAAGUGACCCAAGAACUGAUUCACGUGACCCCCGAGCGGAACAGUUAGGUGAUAUGAGAAAUCAAAAUCCCAGAAUGAGUGGGAUGUUUGGAGGUGGGAAUGGUGGGGGCAUGAUAGAGGGGGGAAUGCAGUUUAUGAACAUGGGACCUGGUCCUGGACCUGGACCUGGACCUGGACCUGGACCUGGACCCGGACCCGGACCCGGACCCUUGGGUAAUGUGCUACCGCGUGGUGUAGACCCCAGGGGUAGGCCAGGGUUGCUAGGCCCUGCGCCAAUGGCAUUUCCUUCAGCAGUACCACGUCCGAUGGGACCAAGGAUGCCACCAUUUAUGAUGGGUCCUAAUGGAGGGUUUUACCCUGAAGACACUGGAGAUAUGAUGCCUGGUGGAGGUUUUCCCCAGGGAGGUCCAGGAUGGGGGGGACGUAUGCCUUCAAGUGAUCCUCGGUUGCAAAGAGACAUGGGAGAUGGAAACAGAUCAUAUACUCCGCCUCCAGUGUCCUAGUGAUCAGUGGGCAGUGCUCAGUGCAGUUACCUUUAUAACUCUGUGAUUUUAGCAAAUAUGGGGUAUUACUGAUUCUAGAAUUAACAAAUUAAAUGCCAAUAAAUGUGGGUCCUCAUUUCUGAUUUUGCCUAAUAAAUAGGCUAUGAUCAAGUAUAUAACUUAUGCUUUCUCCCUUUUGUGUAUAU